AUGUCUCAAGCACAACAACGCCUUUCACAGGUUUCCUCGCACCUAUCCGGGGCCAAACCCACCGACAACAUCACAUCCAAAAACCCCGACGACAUCGUCGUAACCGCCGCACUCCGCACCCCAUUCACCAAGGGCGGCAAGGGAGGUUUCAAAGACACCGCCGCCGCUGACCUACUGGUUGGCGCAUUCCAGGGUCUCAUUAGCCGUAGUGGAAUUGACCCAAAACUCGUCGAGGACAUCGCCGUAGGAUCAGUGUUACCUCCCGGUGGUGGAGCGACUGAAUUCAGGGCUGCGGCGCUCGUUGCGGGGUUUCCGGAAUCGACUGCUGUGCGGAGUUUGAAUAGGCAGUGUUCUAGUGGAUUGCAGGCUGUGGUUGAUAUUGCGAAUGCGAUCAGGGCGGGACAGAUUGAGGUUGGUGUUGGUGCGGGUGUGGAGAGUAUGAGUCUUCAAUAUGGACCCGGCGCAGUAACUGAAUUCUCCGAACUCCUCGAAAACCACAUGCAAGCCGCAAACUGCAAAGUGCCCAUGGGCGUACUAUCAGAACAAAUGGCCAAAGACCGCAAAAUCUCUCGCGCAGACCAAGACGCUUUCGCCGCAUCAUCAUACCAAAAGGCUAUCAAAGCUCAAAAGGCGGGGCUAUUUGACGAGGAAAUUCAUCCUCUAACAGUGAAAUGGACCGACCCAAAGACAGGGGAUGAAAAGACCAUCACCGUCAAGGCCGAUGAUGGUGUUCGCGAGGGAAUCACAGCGGAAUCACUGUCCAAGAUCCGUCCCGCGUUCGCCAAAGAUGGAAGUAUCCAUGCCGGUAACGCGUCGCAGGUCUCCGACGGGGCGGCAGCGGUAUUACUCAUGAAACGCUCCACGGCCGAAAAACUAGGCCAAAAGAUCAUCGGCAAAUUCGUCACGGCCAGCGUUGUCGGUGUCGAGCCUUUACUCAUGGGUAUUGGACCAUGGAAAGCGAUCCCCCUCGCGCUCGAAAAGGCUGGAAUCUCAAAGGAAGAUGUAGAUAUUUAUGAAAUCAACGAAGCCUUUGCAUCGCAAUGCGUGUGGUGUAUUAAGGAACUUGGCUUGCCGUUUGAGAAGGUUAAUCCCAAGGGUGGCGCGAUUGCGUUUGGGCAUCCGUUGGGUUGUACAGGGGCGAGACAGGUGGGCACGUUGUUCACGGAGUUGAAGAGGACGAAUAAGAAGAUUGGUGUUACGAGUAUGUGUAUUGGGACGGGGAUGGGGAUGGCUGCUGUUUGGGUUGCUGAGUAG